UUCGGGUAAUAUAUAUUAGUGAUCGAACUCGGAUCUGUGGAAUAAUAGCGUCUUUAAUUCGUGUGUUAAAUAACAAUAGCUACCACUCUUUCGAUACAGUAGAAACUUAAUUAGGGCAUAUAUUUAUAAUUAAAAAUUAUUGUACUAUAUUUGGUUUUUGAAAGCUUUAUUGUGGAUCGAAAUUCACCUACACAAUACUUUGAAUAGGAAAUAAAAAUUACGAAUUUACAUAUUUUGUUGUGAUAAUUGUUUUGAGUUCAUUAAUAAGAAACAUGUGACUUGAAUUGCUAGUUUGCGCUAGCAAAUAUACAACUCGAUCAAUAAUUGAAAAUAAGAAUAUCACAGAUUUUGUAUUUUACAAGUCUCAAUGGCAAAAACCAGAAAAAUAAAUGUAAGGACACCUGUAAAAAAUAGAAAAUCAACGGUUAUUAAGAAAAGUCCAGUCAUAUCACGUAAACGUGCUAAAAGUCAAGUUCAAAAAAGUAGAAACAAAAAUAUCAAAACGUUCCUGUAUGAAAGUCCCUUGAAACAUCUACGUCAUAAUGGUGAAAGGUCAAAUGCAGAGGUUCAAUCUGAAGACACAAAAGUAAAAGAAGUUGGAAAUGUAUCAGAACAUGAUAAAAAUGAAAUAAAAAUCAAUCUGAAUAAUGAAAUAGAGAGUAAAAUUGGUGCAAAUACUAACGAGCAAGCAGUGGCUACUUCUUCAAGUAUUCCUAUAAAAACAAAAAGAAAAGAAGAGAAUUUAUCUACUUUCAUGGGAGCAGAUUCAUUCCAAGUUAAGAAAAAAAAGCUAAAUAAGAGCCCAUUAUCAAGAAUCAGAGAUGUAGAUCAGCCGGUAACAGCAAAAUUAUCAAACAAACUAGAUGAAAGUAUCAUCUGUGUAGAUGAUUUGGAUAUAGAUGCUGCCAAUGAUAACAGUAUUGAGACUCAAGUAAAUAGUCAGGAUAUUGUUGUAAUUGAUGAUAGUUUCUCUCAAUCAUCUUCAAAAACUUGCCUUCAAACUGUUUGUAAACAUGCAAAUCUUGCACAUAAUUUAUUAGAUUCUGUCAUUGUCUUAGACGAUGAACCCCAAACUUCAAUACAUAAACCAGUAACCAAGCCUACUGAAGACUGUAUGGUUGUGUGGUCAUCAUUACCAGAGAUACCAACGACAUUGAUAUCAUCAAAACCAAUUAACGAAAAUGAUGAUUUGUUAAAAUCUGAUAAGAUUUUAUUAGACACUACUGGUGAACCAUCUAAUCUAAGGUAUCUUAAAAAUGACAACAGUAAUAAAAAAUUGGCCAAAAAAUCACCAAAAGUGACUAAGUUUGGAGUAAAAAAGUUAAAUACAAAAAAAGUGUCUGAAAUUACCAGGGGCUUGGCUAAAACAAAAAUUGUUACAAAAACAGUGUCAAAAGUGACUAAAUUACCAGUUAAAAAGAAGAGUAAAGGCGAAUUGAUUUUUUCAGCUCAGAAUACAGAAUCCAAAUGUCAAAAAAAAAGUGAUGAUUCUAAGCCAAAAAAAGGAACAUUACGUGAAAUAGUGAUUGAUGGUAGUAAUGUUGCUAUGGCAUAUACCAACAAUAAAACCUUUAGCGAAAAAGGCAUAAAAAUGCUAAUCGACUAUUUCACUAAAAAGGGGCAUACUGUAAAGGUUUUCGUGCCCCAAUAUAGGAGGUCGAGAAACCAUGUUUUGCUUGAGAAAUGGUAUGAAGAAGGAAUAGUGGUUUUCACACCAAGUAGAAAACUUGGCAACAAAUUUAUAACAUCUUAUGAUGAUAGGUACAUUCUUGAGUACGCUAGAGCAUGCAACGGUAUAGUAGUAUCUCAAGAUCAAUUUCGAGAUCUAUACGCUGAAAAAGUCGAGUAUAGAGAUACAAUCGAAAAAAGAUUGUUGAUACCUACCUUCGUUGGUGAUUAUGUGAUGUUUCCAGAGGAUCCUUUAGGAAGAAGUGGACCUUCAUUGGCAGAAUUUUUGAAACAUUAACAUUUUUGAGUAAUGGAAAUUUAUCAAAAUUAAACCAUGUUAAAAGGGAAAAAAAAACUCUAAAUAUAAUUUUUCAAUUUUCAAGGUUGAUACGUUCUUAUCGUGAAUUACAGCUUUAUCUUUUAAGGUCCCCAUACAUUUCUAUAGGUAUACGGUGAAUGAAGAAAAUCGGUCGCAGUUUCUCUCUAUUGGUUUACCUAAAUUGUAAAUAUUGGGUACUUUAAAAACUUACCAACGAUAAACGCUGUUAUCAAGUUCAUGACUAAUUAUUUUAGGGUAAUUAGCAUAGCCGUUGUGCGUUGUCAUAAAAAAUCAACAGUCCAACGAUUAAUUUUAGAUAUUCAUUUGGUGAUGACGCAUGCUAACGUUUUGUUUUUGUUGUAAAUAUAAAUAUCAAUGAAUGCUAAAAAUCAUUGUUUGAUUUUUAGUUUUACAUAUUUAAGUGAGAAAACGGCUGCGCAGAAAAUAAUUAAUCGUAUUCUAUGUGGAAACAUUUAUUGUCGAUAAGCUUUUCAAGAACCUAUCUUUAUUUAUAAUUUUUAAUGAUUGAUUAUAUAUAGAAGUGUAUGACGGUGCCUUAAUUUCAUCGACAUUGCGGCUACUCGAAAAUAUGAAAUGUAAUAGACCUUACUGUACAUAUAAUUUAUUUUUAAUUUUAAUACAAAAUUGGCAUAAUAAAAUAUAAGGUUUAUACCGUUGAAAGUUACAAGUGAAUAAUAAAAUUAAUAUCUAAGGUAGUAAAUAGUUUUACGAAUGUUUGUUGAGUCAAGGACUUAAGUGUAAGAAAGAUUAAAGUCUAAAUUUCGUUUUAGAGUGUAAUUCAACCUAAUAGCUCGUUUAUCUUAUAAGCUGUUUAUUUACAAGAUGAAUAAAGUAGCUUUACUUCAGAUCACCAAAUGCAAAACAUUUUAUAUAAAUAACCGUUUAUUAGAAACAUUUAUUUAACAGUUUAUAGAAAAGUAAUUGAACUUAAUACGUUUCCGCACAUCUUCACACA